GUACUUCGCACUGUUUCGAUGGUUCUUGGUGGUCAGUGAUCGAAUGUGGGGGUGGGUCUGCCGCACCUCGUCAAGUAAACAACAAAAGCGCAAGAGAGCCCAGCAACCAGAUCACUUCAACCCUUGAUACUCGUUAAUCACAAUGGAAAGCCCACACGAGCAUCAGCAGAACCUGCUUCUGUCACGCAUCAUCACCAACGUGGAAAAGCUUAAUGAAUCCAUUGUUGUGAUGAACAAGGCCCUUCAGGAGAUCAACAUUCAGAAUAUGAACAUUGAGCUGGUGGCCCAGAUGUUCAAAAACUAUCAGUCCAACGUGCUAUUUCACCUCGAAGCCACGGACAACUUAAAAGAUCCAGCAUGAACACGUGUGUGCCCGUUUGCGUUUCUGGUGAUUCACUGGUUAAGUAAGGAGAACGAGGCUUCCAUGAUCCGGCAUGUGGCCAUACCUAAAACAGAUUCUGGCGCCAAAUUCACGUCUUCUGUCGUAUAUGCGUUUCUUAUCUCAAAUUGCCGUGUAUUGGCUACCUAAGCCA